UUGAAUUCAAGCUUUAACCUUGGCCAUCACCAAGGCUGGUGCAAAUAACACGUACGCUGGUAGUGGAACCUUCUUUCCAAAGCUGACCUUCAAAAUAUAACGGAUGGACAAUAAUAUUUUGUUGGUGUUUCCACCCAAACUGGGCUGAAUGGUGUUAUUUAACACAUGACUCGGCCUUUAUUGCCAGCCGUAAGAAUAAUGAUUGAAUGCUAUUGUGCCACAGCAUUCGACAAAAGAUGAAUAGAUACAAGCUACCGUAGCUGGAUGUUCCCAUCUGCCCAAUCAGGCUACAGGUUGAUGAUUCGGCAACCAAUCAAACAGUUUUUUUGCUUGGUGUCUGUCAUCCGUCUUUUCCAAGGCUAGUUUUACCCGUACGCAACAUUAACGUGGAGUAUCAAACGUUAUAUAAAUAAACUUAAAGCCCAGAUAUGUUCUGAUAAGCCGUUAAGUGGAAUAGAAACCAAUCCAGGAACAGAAGUCAGGCUGCAUCGGUGAUCUCUUCAUCAGCAACGGCAUCUCCAUAACCAUGGCAACACAAUCGGAAAAGAAAGCCGUCAUCAAGAAUGCGGAUAUGUCGGAGGAUAUGCAGGAAGACGUGGUGCAGUUCGCUGCUCAAGCCAUGGAGAAGUACACCGUAGAGAAGGACAUAGCAGCACUCAUCAAGAAAGAGUUCGAUCGGAAGUACAACCCUACGUGGCACUGUAUUGUGGGUAGAAACUUUGGAAGUUACGUCACUCAUGAAACUAAGCAUUUUAUCUACUUCUACUACGGCCAAGUCGCUGUAUUGCUGUUCAAAUCGGGAUGACUGGUGAAUAUUUCUAGCGGCUUUUGUUUUCUCCUGUGUAGAAAAUAGUGGAUAAUCCGCCAUGUUAUAAUGUGGGACUUCGCUAUGCAUUUACAAGUGGAGCAACAAUUACUGCCGCUUGGGCGAACCAUAACAUUGAAACUUGAAGUUGCAACUUGAACGUGAAGUUUGAGGCCAUGCCACUAAACAUAAGGGCAAUGUUUUCAGACAACUUGGAGUCCCUUGCAAUGCAUAUACUUCUGCAGGACAAAGCCUUAAUCUUCUAUGCUGUAAGAUGUAUACCAUUCACAAGAAAAUGAUAAGAAAACUGAUCUGUGAUGGGUACUUCUUGUUGGAAAUUGCCUGGAGCUGGUUGCCUCAAUUGGCUUUUGUGACAUGGCCUGACAGUCGAUCAACACAGAUCAUUAAAUAAUGAGUAUUUUUCUGUCUGAUAGUAGUUAUACCAUACAAACAUUAUUUACGUAUUAUUAACGAA